AUGGCUUAUAAUGCUAUUGAUCAAACUGAUCAUGAUAAACAUCACGAUGGUGAUCAUGACCUGGAUUCUACCUCUUCAAAUUCUCCAUUCCAACGCCUUUCUCCAUUAAAUCAUCUAUUUUUAGAUGCGCAAAAUAGCGAUACGAGCCACAGCCAAACGUAUUCUCCAGAAAAUCCAAACAGUCUAAGCCAAAUGGUUAAAUCGAUUACCUCGAAAAGCACGAAGUCGAGUGGUAGUUAUGAUAUUCUAGAAGACGACGAAUACGACGAGCACGAGCGAGAGCAGAAACCCCCCUCACUGGCGCUAUCACCAGAAAGGAAGAACGUCACAUCGCGAGACGGAUCUCCACCGGAGCAACCCCUAGUCUUGAGCAUUCCACGGCCCCGUCCCCGACAGAAUACAACCACAGUGUUGUCCAACAAUACGACUUCCCCUAUAUCACCUCGUGCGAUAUUGUUAAAAGAACGUGUGCCGAUUGUUCGUACAGCAUCUGGUCACAGCAUUUCAUUACGACAUCCCACACCUGAUUUACAAACGCUGCAAGGAGCAUAUAUAGGGAAUAUCGAUAAAUUGGAAAGGACAGCAGAACGCUUGAGUAUGACCACCUCCAUCGAUGAUGCAAUUCGGGAACUCCAUAUGGAGCAGAAGCGCUCUGAUAGCCGUCGAUCAUCAAUUCUGUCCCAGCUUAACGAGAUGCCGCAUGUUUCGAGAGAAGUUUCCAAUCCCGGUUCCAUCAUCGAGUUGAAUAAUGCAGCUAGAUCGGGAGGGUAUUCGCCGGCAGGGUAUAUGAUGUCUCCGAAGGGCUCGUUUUCUAUUACUACACGAGGAAGAUCUGCGUCAAAAAGCUCGAGAUUUGGGAAUCGACCAGAACCAGAGAUGGAGGGAAGACCGCUGGAUUCAUUUGUUAAUAUCUCGUUUCCAUCCCUUGUUGAUCACCGAACACCUUCAAUUGUAGAGCAAGAUGAGCGUUCCGCGACCUUGACACGACCGGCAGUCGACAAACUCGACACAGAAAAUAAGCCAGAGCACAUACCAGACCAGGCCGACGAGUCUCGACCUCAAACUUCAGCAUCAACCAACACAUAUGACCAUGAGCGAAUGUUUGCAGACUUUGAUGGAGUUCAUUCUGCACCUCUGAGAACCUCAUUCGACCACGACUUAAUUAUGGGAGACCACAGGAGGACUGCAUCUAGGACGGCUGAUUCAGGAAUAUAUCAAGAUCAGAGGAGAUUUUCAUCUGGUACACAACUUUUAGUAAACGAUAAUGAUCAGAGAAAAAUGGCAUCUGAGAAUCGGCAGUCGAUGAUUAGGCCGCAAUCAUAUGCUGAUCCAAGUACUGGCCAGCAGAUGGUUUAUUACCCGGCGCGAGUUCCCAUGAUGCUCAAUUUACCCCAGAAACUCUCGAAGAAUCCAUCCUCUAUGGCAAGAAACAAAAGAAGGUCUGAAGUCCUCAGCAACAUUCCAGCUGCAGCUCGGCAAUCAGCUGUCUGGUUACCAGAUGUUUUAGAAACGAACGGCGGACCUCUACCUGAAAACGACGAUGCCCAAAACUUAGAAUAUAUUCCUCAGCACCAGAGAAUGAGUAUGGGUGGCCGGAGAAACACACAGGAUCUGGAGCAUAUGCCAGCCCACCUGAGAGCAAACGUAUUUUUUGAACUGCCACAAGGUCAAAGCGGGGUUGUGGAAUUAAAAGAACAAUCGGCUGUUGCUACGCUAGAUAGUAUUCUCGAUGCAUCUGCGCAUGCUCCUGUUACGGCAUUUGUAGACCAUGCAAUUGCUGGUCAUCUUGGCUCCGAAGUGUACGGGAAACCGCACCAACGUACUAAGAGUAACACCCAGCUACUGACGCCGGUCAAGCAAGAUAAGCAAGAUAAUGCAAAGAAGCGGACAAGCUCUUUCAACUUUCUGUUAGGUCGUCGGGCGAAUAGUAGCGCUUUACUUGGAGACAACGAAAAUCGAGCCUCUACAAUGUCCAAUAUUCAGGUGGAAAGAAAGGCGACAAGGUCUCCUAUCGAAGACGACGAAGAUGACAUCCAUAAACAAGACACAACACCCUUGCGACAUUCACGUGCAGUCAGUGGCGCUACUGAUCUCAUCCGAGCUGAGGAAGGUGAAGUAGAAAGCGAAGAGGACGAGGGUCAACGGGAUGAUGAAGUUUAUCACGGCCCACCAACCACACUUCUUGCCGAAUUACAAUUGCGCAAGCAGCAACAGAAGAUUCGAACUAGACCCCCAGUAAGCGUUAAUGGAAUGCAAUCUACAUUACUCGAAAUGGAUACCGUGCUAGAGAGGCAACAGAAAUCUAGAAAGCAAAAGCAGGUCAACCUAGCUUGGCAAAUUGGGAAUAACGAUGAUCCUGAAGCUGAAGAUGACGAGGACGUUCCCUUGGCGAUGUUAGAUGUGACGAGAUCUCAGGCCCAGGAAAUGCACAGGCCGCUAGGUUUGAUGGAGAGGCGUGAUUUAGAAGACAAUGAGCCACUCAGUCGACGUAGAGCCAGGUUAACGGGCCAACCUAUGCCGAUGCCUCGAGCCACAACCAUGAUGCAUAUUCCUACAGGCAGCCCCGUUGUAGAGGAAGAAGAAGGGGAGACACUCGCACAACGCAUUCGACGUCUGAAAGAACAGGGUGGCACAGCGACUGGCCUUCCUGCUACUAGACCUGUCAGCGGCGAUUUUGCAUCCGAGAUGAUGAGCCAAUUCGGUGGAGAUCUCAUGAAUGAUGAUGGCAAGGGUAAGGAAAAGGAAGUUUCGACAACCCCAGUCAAUGAAGAAGAGGAAACCCUAGGCCAGAGACGCAAACGUCUACACGCAGAGCGUGAAGCUCGCGAAAAAGAAGUUGGCACUGCUGGAGAAGCAGAAGUAGAAGCAGAAGCAGUCCCAGAACCUUUGGUCAUCAACAAAAUGAAUAGUAUGGCCGACAUUCUCUCCUCUCAUCCAGCUGCCGGCGCAAGUCGAAAUGCUCCUUUAACCAAGUCUUCUCGACCAGUCACUGGUCUCCUUGGCUUGCACGAAAAGCAAACCCAGCGAAGGGCCAGUACAAUGACCAAUCUCGUCACUCAACAAAAUUCGGCUCCUCGUGCCAGUCAUGGAAAUCGUGCUAGUAGUGGCACGCACAAUGACCCCCACUCCCAAGGACAACCGGGCAUGAUAAGACCACCGCAAACCUCAAACUAUAACCUUCAUAACAGCGCACUUCCCAAUAGCGGAUACCCACAAUUCGCUCAACCCACCUCCAUGAACUACAACGGUUUCAAUAACCCUACGAUGAUGCAAUAUGGAAAUGCUUACCCAAACAUGGGAUAUCAGAACACGAUGCCAGUGGGUGGCUAUAACCACAUGAUGCCAAUGCAAAUGCAGAUGCAGAAUAUCCAUACAAAUCCCGUCACGGGCUUACCCACAGGACCUGGGGGCGAACCGCUUAAUCAGGGGCAACUUGAUAUGGUCGAGCGAUGGAGACAGAGUGUGAUGCACUAG